ACUCUUGAUAUUGGUUAUUGGCUAGGAUGAAGGUGGAAGAGCUUAUCAUCGAUGGGUUCAAGUCCUACGCCACGCGUACGGUCAUUUCAGGAUGGGACCCUCAGUUUAAUGCAAUCACGGGAUUGAAUGGUUCGGGUAAAUCUAAUAUCUUAGAUGCCAUUUGUUUCGUAUUGGGGAUUGCUUCAAUGUCUACAGUAAGAGCAUCUAAUUUACAGGAUCUUAUUUAUAAGCGUGGUCAGGCGGGUGUAACUAAAGCUAGUGUCACUAUAAUGUUUGAUAAUCUGGAAAUAUCUAAAUCUCCAAUUGGAUUUGAAAAUUCUCCUAAAAUUAGUGUUACAAGACAGAUUAUAUUAGGAGGAUCAUCAAAAUAUUUGGUUAAUGGUCAUAAAGCUCAACAACAAACUGUUUUAAACUUGUUUCAAUCGGUUCAAUUAAAUAUUAAUAAUCCAAAUUUUUUGAUUAUGCAAGGUAAAAUUACUAAAGUUUUGAAUAUGAAACCUUCAGAAAUAUUAUCAUUAAUUGAAGAAGCUGCUGGUACUAGAACUUUUGAAGAACGUAAAGAUAAAGCACAGAAAACUAUGGCUAAAAAGGAACAAAAAUUAACUGAAAUAAGAAAUUUAUUACAAGAAGAAAUUGAACCAAAAUUAGAAAAAUUCAGAGCUGAAAAAAGACAAUUUUUAGAAUUUCAACAAAUUCAGACUGAUUUAGAAAAAAUGUCAAGAAUUAUAGCUGCUCAUGAUUAUAUUUUAUAUCUGAAUAAAUUUGAUCAGCAUUCAACUUUAUUAAAUGAGCGUGAAACAAUCAUGUCUAAUUUAUCGAAAACUGUUGAUAAAUUAAAUAACGAAAUUAAAAAUUUAAAUGAUGAUCUUAAUCAGGCUAAAUCGAGAAAAAAUGCAGAAUUACAACAUGAUAGUAAAAUUAAAGAAUUGGAAUCAAUAGAGAAUAAUUUAGGUGAUGAAAUAACUCGUUUGAAUACUCAUAAAGAUAUAACUAAUGAUAAUUUAAAAGAUGAAUUGAAAAAAUUAAAUAAAUUAAAACAAUCUUUCAAUGAUUUGAAAAAUUUAAUUGAAAAUAACGUUGAUAUUUAUUCAAAAUUAGAAAAUGAUUAUCAACUAGUUAAAAAUAACCAUGAACAAAUUAAAGAUGAAUUCUAUAAAAAGGAAGAAUUGUUAUCUACUUUAUCAACUGGUGUUAGUGCUAAAGGUAACACCGAUGGUGGUUAUAUGGCUCAAUUGAAAGAAGUUAAACUGAAAUUAAAUAAUUCAAAUGUAUUUAUUAAACAAUCAAAUUUAAAAAUUGAUCACCUAAAAAAUAAAAUUAAAAAUGACACUUCAAAAUUAUUACAGGCUAAAAAGGAAAAUGAAACUUUAUUAUUACAAAUUGAAAAUUAUCAAUCUGAAAUUAAAGCAAAAGAUAAAAAAUUAAUCGAAUUUGGCUAUGAUUCAAAUAGAGUUAACGAAUUAAAGAAGAAAGAUCGUGAUUUAUCAAAUCAAUUACUUAAAUUAACUCAUCAAUUAGAUUCAGUUAAAAGAAAAGUGGGGAAUAAUAUCGAUUUUGAUUAUUCAACUCCAUAUCAAAAUUUUGAUCAUUCUUCAGUUAAAGGGGUGGCGGUACAAUUAUUUCAACUUAAUGAUGCUCAUAGUGAUAAAGCCUUAGCUCUUCAGGUUUGUGCUGGGGGUCGCUUGUAUAACAUCAUUGUUGAAACUGCAGAUGUCGCUUCUUCUCUUUUAGAAAAAGGUAAUUUAAAGAAAAGAGUUACCAUAAUUCCUCUUGAUAAAAUUUCUACUAGAUCAAUACCUCAAAAUAUAGUCGAUUAUGCUAAAUCAUUAUGUCCUAAUAAAGUCGAUUUAGCAAUUCGAUUAAUAGAUUACGACUCAGAAUUAUCUAAAGCAAUGACUUAUAUAUUCGGUUCAACUUUUAUUUGUCAAGAUCCAGAUACUGCUAAGAAAAUUACUUUUGAUCCAAAAAUAAGAUCGAGAUCGAUCACAGUUCAAGGUGAUGUUUAUGAUCCCGAAGGUAACUUGUCUGGUGGGUCGAGAUCAAAUAAUUUUUCAAUUUUGACUAUUAUGCAAGAAUACAACCAAUUAAACAAAACAGUCACUCAGUUACAAAAUGAAUUAAACGAUGUAAGAAACGAACUUAAUAGAUUUGAAGAGAUUGGAUUAAAGACAAAAACGUUAGAAAAUGAGCUUAAUUUAAGUAAACAUGAAUUAUCUUUGUUACAAAGAAAGUUGGAUAAUAACCCUGCUUCUGCUAUAUUAAAAGAAAACCAACAAAACGAGCUGGAAAUAAAUGAAUUAAAUGAAAAAGUUAAACAGUCGAAAAUUGAAAUUUCUGAAUUUGAAAAGCAAAUCCAAUUGAUUGAGAAUGAUAUGAAAGAGUUCAGUACUAAUAAAGAUGAUAAAUUAAAGAAAUUGCAAAAUGAAGUUAGUAAAUUACGUGAUUCUCUACUAGAAAAAGAACAAGAAAUUAAAGACACAUCUGAUAAGUUUCAAAUUAUGCAAAUUGAGUCCGACCAACAAAAAUCAGAAUUAAAUAAUUUACAAGAGUCAAUAAGCUCUCUGGAGACAAUCAUCGAAGAUGCAAGACUGACAAUUACUUUGACUACCAAUAAAAUCGAUGAACACACAAUAAACUUACAAAACGUCAGAACUGAAUUAGAUGAAGUUAAGGCAAACUUAUUAGGAUUGAAUGAAGAAAUCAAUGAAUUAAGUCAGAUUAUAAAUGAUAAAACAAAAGAAUUGAAUGAUACUGAAUUACAGAUUCAAAAAUUAAAUCAUGAUUUAGGAAAAGCUAAUUCAAUAACCGAAAGCUUGAGGCAAAAAUUAGAUUCAAUUAUUGAAGAACACGACUGGGUGACAGACUCAAAUAUUCUCGAUUCGAUAUUCCAGCAGUAUCCUACCAUUAAUUCAGAAGAAUGUCACGAACAAGUAGCAGUAUUGGAAGAAAGAUUUCACGGAAUGAAACGUAAAGUAAAUCCAAAUAUUAUGAAUAUGAUUGAUAACGUUGAAAAGAAAGAAGCUUCUUUGAAAAACAUGAUAAGAACUAUUGAAAAAGACAAAUCUAAAAUCGAAAACACUGUCAGCAAAUUGAAUGGUUAUAAACGUGAUACAUUGGACCAAACUUACAAAAAAGUUUCGGAAGACUUCGGUUUAAUUUUUGCUGAUUUAUUACCGGGAUCUUUCGCCAAAUUAGUUCCAAUAGACCCACAGGAUGUUACUAAAGGUUUAGCAGUUAAGGUUAAAUUAGGUCCUGUUUGGAAAGAAAGUUUGGUUGAAUUAUCUGGUGGUCAGCGUUCUUUGAUCGCUUUAUCAUUGAUUAUGGCUUUAUUGCAAUUCAAACCAGCCCCAAUGUAUAUUUUGGAUGAAGUUGAUGCUGCACUUGAUUUAUCCCACACCCAGAAUAUCGGUCAUUUAAUCAAAACUAGGUUUAAAGGUUCUCAGUUUAUUGUUGUCUCCUUAAAGGAAGGUAUGUUUACAAAUGCUAAUAGGGUUUUUAGAACCAGGUUUCAAGACAGUACUUCAGUCGUGUCUGUUAUGUAAAGGGAACAUCUUCCAUUGUAUUAUAAGUAUUAG